AUGUCUAACAGUAGUAUUACUCAAAAUAAAUCUUCACGAAAAACAGCUUCCAGAAGUAAAUCUAAAAUUACUUCAAAAAGCAGAAAUAAAAGAAAUGACAGUUGUGAAAAUUUAGAAGAAGACCAAAAUGGUAUAUCAAUACGAAAUGAAGAAAAUGAUGAUGUUCCCGAAUUAGAAGACCUAGAUCCUCCUAUUGUUUCUUCUCAACAGAACACUGCUCGUGGACUUUUUCGUAUGUCUUCAUUAGGUGAUACAUCAGCGUUAUUUGAAAUGAAUAUGGAAGCCUUAAAUAAAAACGGAAGAAAAAAAGAAGAAACUUUACAGAAUGAUGAGACGCAACUUUUCAGUGAAAUGGAAAAUGAUAUUAAUGAAUCCCAGGCUGAGGUUGGUUUAGAUAUAGAUGCGAUAUUAGAAUCCCAAUGCGGUAGGGAAAUUCUGCAGGAGCAAAAGAAAAGGCAUAAAAAAGAGAGUUUGAAUCUUUUAGAAAGGAAAGGAGAUGUUGAUGAAAAUUUUUAUGCAAAAGAUGAUAGUGAAAUUGAAUUAAAAUCGGAAGAAGAAAAAAGUAUAGAGAAAAUGACAGUUAUUGAUGAAAUAAAUGAUGAUGAGCAUUCUAGCCAAAGAAUGGAAGAUACAGAAAUGGUAUCUGAGGAUGAAUUGAGACUCGAAGGAAAAGAUCCCUUGGACACAGAAGCUGUAAGUGAUGAAGAACUUCCAGAUUCUACAGUUAAAGUUUCAGAAAGCUUACUCGAUACGGAAGCUGUUUCAGAGGAUGAGUUGCCACUUGAAGCAGAUCAAAAAAGAAGAAAAAAAAUCAAUAGAACUGACACAGAGGCAGUUUCAGAAGAUGAAUUACCAUAUGGCAAUGGUGAGAAAAAAAAGAAACAGACCAAAGAAAAGGAAAAUGAUAAAGUUAAAAAGUCAGAAGCAACAAAGCGAAAAAUAAUUGAAGGAGAAUAUGACCCUAGUUCUCCGACAAGUGAAAACAGCCAAGAUGACAUGCCAGCAACAAAAAAAGCUGCUGUGGGUGAUUCGAAAGCCACAACUCCAAAACCAAGCGCGAAAAAAGUUUUGCCUGAACUUGAAAAAUAUUGGAAAGCAGUAAAAGAUGAUGCAACUGAUUUUACAGGCUGGACUUAUUUACUGCAGUAUGUUGACCAAGAGAAUGAUGUAGAAGCAGCGAGAGAGGCUUACGAUUCCUUUUUAUCUUAUUAUCCUUACUGUUAUGGAUACUGGAGGAAGUACGCCGACUAUGAAAAGAGGAAAAGCACCAACGAAAAGUGCGAAGAGGUGUUUGAUCGAGGUCUAAAAGCGAUUCCUUUAAGCGUCGAUCUCUGGAUACAUUACCUCAACUACUGUAAAACGGUUUAUGCGGAAAACGAAGAACAUUUAAGGGCUCAAUUCGAACGCGCCAUAGAAGCCUGCGGAUUAGAGUUCAGAUCUGAUCGCCUCUGGGAAACAUACAUCAAAUGGGAAACGGAAGGAAAACGGUUAACUAGAAUUACUGCUUUGUACGACCGGCUACUUGCAACUCCCACUCAAGGAUAUACAACUCAUUUUGAUAAUUUUCAAGAACACGUGAGCAGUAAUCCUCCUCAAACCAUCUUGCCGGUAGAUGAUUUUCUUCAACUUCGCAGAGAAGUCUUGCGUAUGUUAAAACAAUACGACCCUCCUGCAUCGACUAAUGCGUCAACAGCGGAAGAAGAAGCUCCUCCUGGUGCUGAAAACGAUGAUGAUGAUGACAACGUAGAAAAGGGUCAAGCUUUUGCGUCUAUCACGACGCGCAUGGACGAAGAAACUUCGGCUUUAAGGGAAAAAAUUGUUUCGACUCGCCGAAAAGUUCAUAAACUUACGGUGGCCGCAGUGGCUGCCAGAUGGAAUUACGAAGAAGGUAUCAAGCGACCAUAUUUUCAUGUAAAACCGUUGGAAAGGUGUCAGUUGAAAAAUUGGAAGGAAUAUUUAGAUUUUGAAACGGAACAGGGAAACAAAGAUAGAAUUAUUAUAUUGUACGAGCGUUGUCUCAUUGCUUGCGCACUUUACGAAGAGUUUUGGAUCAGGUUUGUACGUUAUUUAGAAUCCAUUCCAGAGGACAUGACUGAAAAAAUUAGAGAUGUUUACGAAAGAGCUUGUUUAAUUCACCACAAAAAAAAACCCAAUUUACAUCUUCAGUGGGCUGUUUUUGAAGAAAGUAAAGGUUGUUUCGACAAAGCUGCUUCCAUAUUAGAAAAUUUAGAGAAAGCCGUUCCAAAUUUACUUCCUGUCGCUUAUAGAAGAAUUAAUUUGGAAAGACGAAAAGGAGAUUUAAAUAAAGUUUGCGAAUUAUACGAAUUGUAUUUGGCAAAUGCUAAAAAUAAAGCCGUUUUAACAAACAUGACAGUUAAAUAUGCGAGAUUCACAUGGAAAAUAUUAAACGACGUUGAAAAAGCAGUAUCGAUAUUAAGGAAAGCUGUUGAAAAAGACAAAGACAAUACUAGACUUUAUCUACAACUUAUAGAUAUGGGACUUCAAAAAACUCCAAUCGAUGAGAACAGUAUUAUAAGCAUAUUGGACCAAUUUUUAAAUAAGGAAGGAGAACCGGAACAAAAAUUAAUGUUUGCCCAGAGAAAAAUUGAAUUUUUAGAAGAUUUCGGUUCGGACAUUACAAAAGUUCAAAAAGCGCACGACGAAUACCAAAAAUAUUUAAAACAAGUAAAGGAAAGAAAGAAAAAGUUGGGAGAUACAGAAAAUUACAAAGACGGAUUGGCAGCGUCUUCUCAUUCUUUAUCGGCCACAAAAAAACAAAAAUCGGAAACGAAUCAUACUACGACGCAACCACCUUUGCCUCCGACUACGGCACAACCCUCUACUCCAACCGCGUCGGCGUACCCGACGGCAGGAUACUCACAAGGUUAUCCCGGAUACCAUCAAGGUCAAUAUCCGGCCGGAUACAGCUACGGACAAUACUCUCAACAACCUCAAGCCCAAACCGCGGAUGCGACAUACACAAAUAAUUAUCAAAAUUGGAACGCUUAUUCUCAGGGCAGUUAUAACUAUGGGCAACCGGGAUGGGGAGGUUACUACGCUAAUUAUUAG